AUGAAAGUUAGAAUGAUUAUAUACCAUUUAUUUAUUGCUGGGCUUGUUUAAAACCAAUAAAUAACAGGAAGUACUCCUCAAACUUGUGCUAAAAAUUUUAAUUGCAGUGAUAGUGAUUGUGGAAUGGCUGGUGUUAUUAAUAACUGGGUUUUUAAUCCAUCUAUUGAAUAAUGCUAAGUAAUUGAUUGCAGCUAGCUAAAUAAUUAUAAUUCUUAAGUAUCAGAUUAAUCUUGUGCUUCAUGCAAUACCUCAGGAACUCCAUCCAGCAAUUCUAAUACUUAAGGAAAUAUAUAUUCAAAUUUAUAAAAAAACUCAUGCGUUAGUGUGAAUUGCUUAGAGUUAUAGAAUUCUUCUUAAAUGACUUCAGCUUACUGUGAAAUUUGUGCUGGAAUUAACUCCACUGUUAAUUCAGAUAAGAAAACAUGUACAAGUGUGGCUUCAAUUGACAAUAAAAUUAUUAUUUUCUUACCUUUUAUAUUAUUGUUAAGCAUUCUAAUUUGA